AUGGGAAUCGUAGCACAUGCAACACCAUAUGAUUAUAGUUUUACCACCGAGUGUUUAGAGAACCCAAAGAAGCCUCAAUACGAUGGGGGAAUAGUCACGAACCCUGAGCUCAAAGAUGGGUUAAGAGGAUGGGUUUCUUUUGGCAAUCCAAAACUAGAAGUACGAAGAUCAAAAACUGGAAAUGAAUUCAUUGUUGCUUAUCAAAGGAACAGAUCAGUCGAUAGUGUAUCCCAAAAGUUUUUCAUGGACAAGGAAAAACUCUACACAUUUUCUGCUUGGGUGCAAGUAAGCCAUGAAGAUGAUGCUAUUGUGGUUGCUACAUUUAAAACACCAUCAGGCUUCUAUAAUGCUGGUUCUACCAUAGCUAAGUCUGGGUGUUGGUCGAUGCUUAAAGGUGGCCUCACUGUUAACGAAUCUGGCUCAGCCCAACUAUAUUUUCAGAGUGAAAAUGCAUUCAUUGAUAUAUGGGUGGAUAGCGUAUCUUUACAACCCUUUACAAAAGCGGAAUGGAGAUCUCACCAGGAUGAGAGCAUUGAGAAGGUGAGAAAGAGUAAGGUGAAAAUUCAGGUAGUUGAUAGCGAAGGAAAACCACUAGCGAAUCGAACACUAACCAUUGCGCAAAAGUUUGCAAGGUUCCCAUUCGGAUGCGCCAUCAACAGCAACAUUCUAAACAACCAAGAUUAUAAAAACUGGUUCACUUCAAGAUUCAAGUACACAACAUUCGAAAACGAAAUGAAAUGGUACUCAAACGAACGUAUCCAAAACCAAGAGGAUUACUCCAAAUCCGAUGCAUUACUUUAUUUCGCAAAAUCAAAUGGGAUUUCAGUGAGAGGUCAUAACGUGUUCUGGAACAACCCGAAUGAUCAACCAUAUUGGGUUCCAAAUCUUGCACCAUGGCAACUAGCGGCAGCAGCCACCAAGAGGAUAAAAUCGAUCAUGCGAAGGUACUCGGGUCAAGUGAUUGCAUGGGACGUUGUUAAUGAAAACAUGCAUUUCAAUUUUUUUGAAAGUAAGUUAGGAGUGACUGCUUCUUCAAAGUUCUACACAACAGCUAGAGCUCUUGAUAGAUCCGCAGCUUUGUUCUUGAACGAAUAUAAUACGAUUGAACAACCUGGUGAGGGUUCAGCAUCACCAGAUGCUUACCUAAGGAAAAUUAGACAGAUUCGAGCUGGAGGUUAUAAAGGGCCGUUAUCCAUCGGGUUAGAAGGUCAUUUCACCCAAGUGAACAUACCAUACAUGAGAUCCGCCAUUGAUAAAAUGGCAAGCGCAAGACUUCCUAUUUGGAUCACUGAACUAGAUACCCAACCCGGUUAUGAUCAGGCAGCGUUUUUGGAACAAGUUCUGAGAGAAGCUCAUGCACAUCCAGCAGUGAAUGGGAUAGUUAUGUGGUCUGCAUGGAGUCCGAAUGGAUGUUUUAGAAUGUGUUUAACGGAUAAUAAUUUCAGGAACUUGCCCACAGGUGAUGUGGUGGACAAGAUUAUUGGGGAAUUCUUUGGUGCGGUUGUCAUGGCCACCACGGAUGGUGAAGGUGUCAUUGAGACUUCGCUGAUUCAUGGUGAUUAUGAAGUUCGAUUUGCGGAUGCGUACCUAUCUGAAAAAGAUACCCAAUCCUCACGUAUGUCUUGGGGGUUUAAGGUUGAAGCGAUGGGAUCUUCCCAGGAUGUCUUGAAUAUCAACAUUAUGGGUUAA